AUGUCUACACAACAUUGUAUGAAACCUUUGGCCACACGUACUGUGUUCACGGUCAUCGGGUUGUUACUAUUAGUAUUAUUCAUGGAAAUCAAAGCACAAACAGUUCCGAAUUAUAGCCACAAGGAACAAGUGGUUGUCUUUUUAACAGUACCAGACAGUUCUCAUGUUCGGGAUUUUCAGGCAUUGGCAAAAGCAUACUCAAUUGUGUCUGGAAUUAGAAAGCAAAAUAUUCAUUUUGUUUCCUUUGUGAAUGAUUUUGAAAUUGACCAUGAUGGAAAGUUCAACAUUAUUCAAUGUAAAAUUGACGAUAGAUUUAAUUUCAAAGAAACAAUGGAUAAUCUCUCAGUCUAUGCAAAGAGUGAGAUUCCAAAGAUGGAUAGAUUUAAGGCAGCAUUUACCAUAAUUUCUAAGGCCUAUGAAAUGGGAAUUGUUGGAAUCAAAGAUUUGUUCAAUGAAAAAUCAAAUUGUGACCUAUCUUUGGCCAAUACUUUGAAGCAAAGUAGAGAAGGAAAAAUUAGAUUAUUACUUGUUAUUGAUGGAUUAUUUAGCUCAGUGUUGGAGUGGUCUCAAUUUGAAGGAAUUGAAUUUGUGAUUAUUGACACUCCACCAAUUAUGUAUGGAUACUCUGGUGGACCAUCCUAUUUACCUCAACUGCCAAUUGCUGAAACUAGUUUAUCUAGAGGAAGGGCAAUUUUAGAACGUGAUGGCAUUGUUUCCUAUUUGAAGACUCAGUUGCAGGAGCAAGUAUUUGAAUUCAUUGAAUUUAUCAAGAUGGCUUAUCCAACUCUUGGUGAAGUAACUAAACUCAGGGAAGAACUUGGAUUACCAGCAGUAUCUGGUCCAUUCUUUGAAACAAAUGACAAAGUGACAAUUCAUUUCACUAUUCCAGGUAUUUUCGAAUAUUCAUUCCCAGUUCCACAAAAUCAUAAAUUUGUUGGGUUCAAUCAUAUUGAAAAAUCACCAGCAACCAGACAAAUAAUUGGAAGUGAUUCGAAUACCUCUAUCGAUGAAAUUCAAGAUGAAAUGGUAUGGCUUGAUGCGAUUGCUGGUAAAAAGAAGAAGGUUGUUUACAUUGCAUUUGGCACUAAGGUCAUAAUUUCCCUUGAUCAUACCAGAAAGAUGAUACAAGCAAUCAUGAAAUCUGACCCGUCCCUCAAUAUUCUCUUUGUCUCAAACUCUGAGAAUAAGGAUAAGAUAUUUGGAGAUUCUUCGAUGGAUAAGGAAUGGUCUAAGCAAAUUCUCAUUAAGAAAUGGGUCAAACAAGUGGAAGUAUUGAGACACCCUGUUGUUUCUAUAUUUGUUUCUCAUGCUGGAGCUCACUCACUUUUCGAAUCUAUUGAUGCCACAGUUCCUCUACUCUUAUUCCCAAUAUUUGGAGAUCAAUUCUUGAAUUCCAUCAGAGCAGAAGAUGCAGGAAUAGGAAAAACAAUCCAUGAUUUGGAAAAUCAAGAAGAAACAAUUAAGAGCAUUCGAUUCUUAUUAGAAAAAUCAAAUGAAAUUUCUCAAAAAAUGGAAACAAUCAAACUCAUCAAUAAGGAAAUGGCUGCAUUGGGUGUAAAUAGAGAAAUUCUCCAAAGAGUAUUGGAAUCAAAUGCCACUUCCACACUGUCACCAGCCUCUCUUUCAGCUGCCACUAUCAUUCGUCAAGUAGCUCUCUUUGGUAGUGAACAAUUUGUUUCCACAGAACACAAACUCUUUGCCAUUGAAAAAGUGAAUAUCAUGAGAACUUUCCUCAUUAUCUGUGCCUCACUGAUCAUUGGUCCAAUAAUACUUUUUGCAAUUUGUUGCUGCAAGAAGAAGGUCAAUAAGAAAGUCAAGACUCAAUAA